ACACAUUUGGUCCAGCGGUGGAGGAGAUGCUGCAACGCUCCGCCAAGGCGCGGGAGGCGUCACAGCAGAUGGCGAAAAUGUGGCCAAAACCGUCGUUCCAGCCGAAGCGGCCUCAGGAACAUCAGUGGCGCAGGGCACCACCACAGCACCAGCCACGGCCAGGGGGUACUAAGACCUCUCCCUCAAGCACAGCAGCGCGCGGUCAACCUCCUUUUUCAAGACCGCAGCGCGGAGGGUGGCGCCCUAGAGGUGGUGCCAAGCCACGCCCUCGGGGCUCUGGCCAGGCCCCUCGCGAACGAGCCCAGCCCAAACAGCCCUGAGAACACCAGGCAGCUGUUAACCCUCCCCUACACUGUCUCCCAGCUCCAGUUCUGGCAACAAUGCACCAACGACAUCUGGGUGCACAAAACUAUAUCCACCGGGUACACCCUUCAGUUCCAGUUAAAACCUCCCCCCUUUCGGGGGGUGGUCGUAACUGCAGUGAAGGACUCGGUUCAGUCCUCAGCUCUGAAUGUGGAAAUACAAGCAUUGCUCAGCAAGCGUGCCAUUCAACAAGUAGACCCUGCUCUGAUCGACCAGGGGUUCUAUUCCAAAUACUUCCUGGUGCCCAAGAAGGACGGCGGGCUCCGUCCUAUUUUAGAUCUGCGAGUACUGAACAAAUACCUGCGGGUGUUAUCGUUCAGGAUGCUUACGCACAGGCACAUCAUCCAGUCAGUCCGACACGGCGACUGGUUCACCACCGUGGACCUGACAGAUGCGUACUUUCACGUUCCCAUCUGCCCGGGUCACAGGAAGUAUCUGCGUUUCGCAUUCCAGAGCAGGGUAUACGAGUUUUGUGUCCUUCCGUUCGGCCUGUCACUAGCUCCUCGAACCUUUUCGAAAUGUAUGGAUGCCAUUCUAGCUCCCUUGCGGGCUCAAGGUGUCCGACUGCUGAAUUAUCUGGACGACUGGCUCGUCUGCGCGCAGUCGAAGGAGCAGGUGGCACAGCACACAGUGAUGGUUACAGACCAUCUUCGGCGGCUAGGUCUGAAGAUCAAUUCAGAAAAGAGCCGCCUAGUGCCGAGCCAACAGACCGAAUUCUUGGGUCUGCAUCUGGACUCAGUGUCCAUGGAAGCGACCCUGUCGACACAAAGAGUUGCCUCAAUAGAGCGGUGUCUUUCCCUAUUCAGGUUGAGACAAACAGUCAGCAUGGAGCUGUGUCAGCGCAUGCUGGGGUUGAUGGCUGCAGCCUCACAAGCCCUUCCUUUGGGCUUACUACACCAGAGACCUCUGCAGGCCUGGUUCAAUGCCUUCGCGUUGCAUCCGCGGAGAGACAAACACCGCAGGCUAAGGGUAUCCCAAGCCUGCUGGGAAGCGCUACGCUGGUGGAGAGUUCCGUCAAACCUCCGCCAAGGCGUACGCUUGGGUCCCAUUUUCAGAAGGCAGGUCAUCACGACCGACGCUUCCAACCACGGUUGGGGAGCAGUCUGGAACGGGACAGGGACCCAUGGAGUGUGGUCAGGACCCUGGAGGUCAGCCCACAUCAACGCUCUAGAGCUCAGAGCGGUGGACCUCGCCCUCCGGCACUUCUUGCCAGUGCUUCUAGACAAGCACGUGUUAGUGCGGUCAGACAACACCACAGUAGUGGCGUAUAUCAAUCGCCAGGGCGGAUUGCGGUCCCCCAGUCUUCACCAGAUGGUAACGCGGCUGUUGCUCUGGGCUCAACCGCGUUUAGCCUCUCUGCGUGCAGUUCAUCUGCCGGGCAGAGUCAAUUACGCAGCGGAUCUCCUGUCCAGAGGAGGUCCUCUUGCGGGCGAAUGGCGUCUCCACCCUCAAGUGGUGGAGCGCAUCUGGGAAUGGUUCGGCACAGCGCAGGUCGAUCUCUUCGCUUCGCGAGAGACCACGCACUGUCCCCUAUGGUUCUCGGUGAAGGACCUCGACAGCCCCCUGGGGGUGGAUGCACUGGCUCACGAAUGGCCGCCAGGGCUCCUGUAUGCCUUUCCACCGAUUCCGAUGCUCCCCGCCUUCUUGGAGAAGGUCAGGGUAGAGCGAGCGACAGUGAUUCUGAUCGCUCCUCGGUGGCCUCGGAGAAUAUGGUUCCCGAGUCUAGUGCAGUUACUGCACGGUCGCCCGAGGGAACUCCCUUUGCGAGCGGACUUGUUGUCCCAAGCUCAAGGACAGCUUUGGCAUCCGAACCCCAAACUCAUGCAGUUGUGGGCUUGGUUGGUCCGCCGGGAAGAGGUGGACUCCUCGGACGACUGGUUUCACCUCCAGAGGCGAGCUAAGGAGCCAGAGCGUCCAGCGGCCAAAAGGGGGAAGCCGGAGGAGCAUCCACAGCCCAAGAGGGGGCCUCAAGGCCUCGAGUUGGUGCCCUUCCUGAGCGGGAGGGGGGCCACUCCGUCAUCAACUGACCCCCCCCCCGAGAGGAGGAGGAGGAACGACCGGAGGGCAGCUGGGAGGCCUACCUCAGCGCUUUCGAGGUCUUGA